UUCCCACUUGUUGUUGAUGCAGUGUUACUUGGUCAUUCUUGUAUGUUGCUCAGAUGUGUCGUUGAUGAUAGAUAACAGGCACAGUUAAAGUUACUUUUAGUUCCUUGAAUGCCGGAAAGCUUCAUCAAUUGUGAUGUGAAUUUAUCAGGACAUGAAUCUAAUAUUGUUCUCUGUAUAUUGUGUAUUAGUGAUCCAUGAAUCAAGUCACAUAUAACUUGACUUUUUGUCUUUCUGAUUACUGGCUGAAUGUCAGUCAGCUUUGGAUGUGUAUGAAUGUGACAGGUGUUUUACAUUUAUUAUAUGUACUGGUUUAGUAAGUUGGUGUUUAAUUUAGUAAAUUAAUAAUCACCUCUAGCCAAGUCUGUGGGGCUAACAGCUCCUUUUUUACAGCAGUGCUGGUCACUGUGCAAACAAGAAAUCCUUUUUCCUUAUACAGCACGUUGACUUCAAAUGAAGCCACACACGGUCAAGUAAAUAGUGUCUCAUUGGCUGAUGAGAGAUAUGAGGUCCACUGUAGCAGUUUUGUCAUUGGACCAGAUAAUUUCUUCAGUGUGUCUGUGUGUCCAUUUUUUUUGUUAAUCACAAUGAACUUACACACUGUGAGAAAUGGCGUAUGAGUGACCUCUUAACAGAAGCUAAUUCAUGUAAGUUUGAUCUUCACAUGUUUGCCUUAGACCAUCCCUGGCUACAGGUGUAGAAGUUGCCUUUUGUUGCAGGCUCCUCCUCAUAGUUGUAGUCCCUUUGUAUUCACAUAUGUGUUUUUUGUGCAUGGUUUUACAAUCACAUUAGGGAUGGCAUUUAAAAAUAUUUGGGAUGGGUAGUGAUGUAGAACAGGUUUGUCAAGUAACCUCAAAAAAUGUCACUCUAAGGCUUUCAGCAAAGAAAUUGACAUUGUUCAUCUUGUCUUGCUUUGUACUUCUGCAGGAGUUGAUCUGUAAACACGGAAGAGAGUGAGACGCUUAAAGCCACGAACAGUCAUGGCCCUACUGUGCCUGAAAAGCCCCCUUAGCUCCUCUUGGUAGAGUUCAGCUAGGGCAUCAUGGGAAAUCACCAUCUAUGUUACUGUCAAGGAAUUCACCAGCUCUCCUCUCAGUUCUCUGAACCACCAGCAGCAGUGGCAGCAGCAGCAGCAGUGCACAGACAGACUUGUCCCUGGGUCUCGCCCCAGUGAGGAGCAAACAGGAAGUUUGGCAGCUGGGGCCGGGAGAGGGAGAGGCCCGGAGGGGGGUGAGUGCUGUGACCAUGCGCAGCCACCUCUGCCUGCUGCUCCUGGUGAACAUGAUGACAUGUGGGCUGGAGGUGUGUCUGGCGGUGGGCACCAUCUACAUCCCCCCGCUCCUGCUGGAGGCUGGGGUGGAGGAGCGCUACAUGACCAUGGUAUUGGGUGUCGGGCCCGUGCUUGGUCUCAUUUUUGUCCCCCUGAUUGGCUCGGCCAGCGACAGCUGGAAGGGUCGCUUUGGCCGGCGCCGGCCCUUCAUUUGGGCCCUGAGCAUGGGCGUGCUGCUGUCGCUGGUGCUUAUCCCGCACGCCACUUCACUGGCCUCCCUGUUGGCUCUCCAGCGCCCCCGCUGGCUGGAGGUGGGGCUGCUGGUGCUGGGCAUCAUCCUGCUGCAGUUCUGUGGCCAGGCCUGCUUCACACCGCUGGAGGCACUGGUCAGCGACCUGUUCCCCGGUGAGCAGGAGAGCCGCUUGGCCUUCACCACCUUCUCCCUGCUGCUCAGCCUGGGUGGCUGCCUGGGCUACCUGCUGCCCGCUGUCAACUGGAAGGACGGUGUGGCCUCCCUCUACCUGGGCAGCCAGGAGGCCUUCAUCUACAUGCUGCUCACCCUCAUCUUCCUGGGCUGCAUGCUCAGCACGGCCAUGAUCUCGGAGGAGUCGACGGCCAGCGGGGAGGAGAGCGGGGUCAGGAAAUGCAGGAGGCUCAACCGCUGCUGCAGCUGGCUGAUGCCGCUGCGCCUGUGUGGGGCCGCGGCCCGCCUGCUAGCCAUGCUGCCACAGUCCUACCAGAUGUACCAGGGCAUGCCCAGGGUCCUCCGCCGGCUCUUCCUAGCUGACCUCUGCAGCUGGAUGGCCCUGGAGAGCUUCUUGCUCUUCUACACAGACUUUGUGGGUGAGAGGUUGUACCACGGCCAGCCCAGUGCCGUGCCUGGGUCCAAACGGAAGCUGCUUUAUGAAGAAGGUGUGCGAAUGGCCAGCCUCGGCCUGUUCCUACAGUGUCUGACAGCGGUGUGCUGCUCGCUGCUGAUGGAGCGCCUGCUGGCGCGCCUGGGCCCCAAGGUGCUCCUGCUGUGCAGCGUGGGAAUACUGACUCUCAGCACGGCUGUCAUGACCCUCUCCCACAGCACCAUCCUGGUCACCACCAUGGCCGCGGCCACCGGCUUCACCUUCUGCACUCUGCAGGUGCUGCCAUAUACCCUCAUCUGUCUAUAUCACUCCAACAAACAGGUGUUCUUCCCUAGCACUGUGAGAAAACAUUCAACCACUAGCAAAGACACCUCUUCCACACAAAACGAACAUCUGGGGGGGCCCUGUCCAUCAGCUUGUAUCCUCCACCUACCCAAGCCAGAGAUGGAGCACCCCAGCUCCUCUAGAGGGAUGUGUCUGGACCUGGCGCUGCUGGACAGUGCGUACCUGCUCUCCCAGGUUGUGCCCUCCCUACUCAUGGGUUCACUGGUUCAGCUCACCCACAACGUGAACGCCUACAUGGCCAGCUCCUGUGCCCUCAGUCUGCUGGCGGUGGGGGUCUCAUUGCGGAUCGUCUUUGACCGGAGGGACAUGGAGCUGCUUCAGUAAUGCAAUGGCUGAAAGCAAAUUUCUUCAGGGCAAAAUAUUUUAGGAGGAAAAUAUAGGAGGGGACGUUUAGAAAAGGAAUGUUACCGAACUGUAAAAACAGGCCUCUGCAGCCCUGAACUGAAAGCUUUUGAACAAUCAAAGGGAUCUUUGAGAAAGAUUAUCUGCGUAUAGAGUAACCUAGACAUGUUGACUUUUUUUUUUAUGCCUUUAAUGCGACAGGAUAGUGGAGAGUGACAGGAAGUGAGUGGGAGAGAGAGUUGGGGUGGGAUCUGGAAAGGACCACAGGGCAGGAAUUGAACCUGGGUCACCGGCGUACGGUGCAGGUGCCCCAGCCAGUUGCGCCACGGCUGGGGCCGACAUGUUGACUUUUUGAAGUCUGUCAUAUAUGAUGAAUAUUUGGGAAAUGUUUUAUAAGAUUUUCUAUAUAGGGGGUGGGGUCGGUAGGGCUAUACAUUUUUUCUGAAAACCAAAAUAUACCCUUCAUUCUACCAAAAGUAAAUAGUGAUAAUACAAAAAACAGGUAAAUAUUCUUCAGCAACCAAAGCAGAUUUUCUAACCCAAAGUGAAUGUUUUAGUGUAUUGUUUACAAUUUCGACUGUCUGUCUGGAAUUCAAAGGUUAGGUCAAAAAAGGGUUAAAUGGAGUCAAGUGGGAGAAGGGAAGAUAGGGUCAAAUGUAUAUUAUGAGAAAUAUUAAUGCAAAGUCCUAAUAUAAAUUAACCCCUUAGUAUUUAUUUUAUUUAUUUGUAUAUCUUGUAUAAACUGUGUCGGGGGUUGGAAUAUUCUGAAACAAAAUGUUGUUAUAUUGCUAAUAUAUUGCUAUCGUGAUGGCGAAGGUUUAUGAAGGUAGAAGUAACAUAGCUCCUUGUGUGGAUAACCGCACUCCAGCUAGCCAGAUAUACAGGUCUUGUGAUAAGUGGAGUAAAUGUGGGUAAGAUCAGUUUUCGCAUUUGAAAUGUCGGAGGACUGAAAAUAUGUGGUUAGUGGUGGAUCUUAGAAAAAAAGCCUGUAGAAAUAACAUUUACUUACUCACUUAUUCAUUUGGCUGACACUUUUAUCCAAAGUGACUUAUUAUGUCAAUUAUUAUAAGGGUCAUUUUCCUCAGAGAAACUUUGGGUGAAGUGUCAUGCUCAUAUGUCUUGAAUUGCACCCACACAAUGGUGGCAGCUGGGAAUUUAACCCACAACUUUUCAGGCUACUGCUUGCUAGCUCAGCUCCUUAGCCACUAUGCCCUCUUGUUAUCACUAUUUACUUUUAACAUGUUUCUAGUCCCAAAAUUUCCUUGUAUUGACUCCACCCAGUACUUCUGACCCCGCAAGACUACUUGGAGACCACACAAGUUUCGCCAGGUGCCAGUCAUCUAUCCUGCUGUCCAGGUUGCUGAAAAAAAUCUAAAGGAAGUACAAUAUUAAUGCUUGGGAAUGCUUGAUAUAUUUCUGGUUCCAGGAUAUGAUAUCAACUUCCUUCCGCAAAAUCUGUUUUUGACUCAUUUCUGUUGAGUCACUUAAGAGGAGGGGUUGAUAUAUUGUCAGUUUUUAACUCAUGAGAAUGUGUGAGCCUAGCCAUUUGUACAGUGAUACUGUCAAACUACUAUUUGCAAUUAUAGUAAUUUCCCCUGUGUGCCAUCCAAACACUAAACUGUGUUGUUUACAGUUGUUUAUUUUAAUGCAAGAAAAGGGUUGAGCCCACUGUCAUUCACAUUUAGGUUUCUAGGUAGAUUAGCUAUUCUUCAUUUAAUGCAAGUCCUACCUGUCUAACCUUAUUAUCUCACCACUAGACUAUAGCAAUACCGUACUGACUGUCUUAACUUUCUAUCUCCUAAGUUUUUUUUUUCUCUUUCAAUAAGGUGUUUUGUUGUGUUUUUGCUUAUAUACUCUACCUUACAGUGGAUUUGGAUAAAGCAUCUCACAAAUAAAUACAUGUUUACAAUGUGUCAUCAUGACCAAUCAACAAGGAAUAAAGGUUUAUGGAUAGCU